AACUAUAAUAGACCCGAAUCUAGGACGUUACGUCAAAUAUUUGAGUUUUCCAUGGAUAAUUAUUAUAGGCUAGAUGCCUAGAUCAUUCUAGACUCUUGUCAUCGAGGUCAUAGGCAUGAUAACAAUAUGUAUCUAUAGAAUAUAAUAAUAAAAUUGGGUGGUGCCAAUCGGUAUCAGCCAUUUUUGUGGGUUACUUGGAGGGGGAAAUGAUUAAGCUACGAGGUUUUGGUUAGCGCCUUGUGCUCCUGAUUUCCUGAGUGGUGGGGAUCGUUGAUUUUCGGAAAUGGUUUUCGACGCGUAGCUGUGGCGCCCGUUGCGUAGUCCGUCGUCGAUCGUCGUCCGUUAACUGUCGCGCAAUUUCGCCUACCUCGCGGCAUUUUGGAACCGAUUGCUGUACCCUGUAUAGUCGUUACUCGUUAAUAACCGCCACUCGUUUUUCAUCCGUCGAACCUGUAAUCUUGCCGCUUCCGUUGUAUCGUCGCCGUUAAUAUCCGGGUGUGAUUCCGUGCCUUUGUCGGGCCAUUGUUAAUUAUUAUUGCUCCGUGCCUUUAAUAUACGUUGCUAUAGCUUAUAACUUCAGCCACACUUGCAGUGAACGACAUCCGUACCGAUUUUUUUCCCGUUCUGACACGCACCCGGUUACUGAAUAAUAUGUGCAAAUGAUAUUAUAUACAUCGUUGGAUUGUUUUUCACCUGUUCGCUUACUAAUCAACACGGCCCAAAGUCUGCCCAAAGUCUCAGACGACAAUUGUGCCGACUAUCCGCCCACAGUGCCAUUUGUUUCCGGUAUCCACAAAUCACAAAUGUUUCUCACGCUCACACCACAAACUCGUACGUUCCGUUAUGUAACCAACGUAUUCGCGUUCUCUCAGGCCCACGUACGCAAAAUGCACGCGGGUAUCCGUCCGCGGUUACACUUACCACAGCCUUUGAUUUGGUCUGAUCCUCACAACGAACAUGGCUUCAAAUGUCUAUACAUUACAUUUAAAUCAGUCUUCACCGAUACCUGGUACUCACGUACAUUUGAGGUCUACGUCGACACUCGGCAGCAGUUCAACAAAAAAAUAAAAUCGUUGUACUUCGAGUGUACUGUACUUCAUUUCUUUGCUAUAGAUGUAUAUUUUGUUAGUUUAUAAUUGUUGUAUUUAAAGAAAGAUACUAACGCGAUAGCCAAUAAAACGACUGGCCUAAAAAUUUCAAAUAACAUUUUGCCAAUGCCUAAUAUGUGAAAACAGGAAACGUACAUUUUGGAUAAGUACAGUAGUUAUAUGCUAUAAAUACAUACAUAUUUUUAUUUAUUUUACGAGAAUAUUAUUCACAUAUAAAUAUUAAAUUAUAAAUAUCAUCAUAUAUGGAUAUUCCAUGUAUAGGUAAUGAACAGUCAAUAUUUCAAAUUUUGUACUCCAAAACUCAAUAGCAUCAACAUUAAAAACUUUUAUAUAAUACAAAUAGAGUGAGGCAAAUUGGUGUAUGUAAUAAAAUUGCUGUAAUAAAGAUGUAGCCAUGUAGGAGCCAAAAAAAGGAAAGAUGUACAUGUUAAUAUACACGAAAAAAUUAUUCAUAAAAAAAUGUCGAAUAUGCAAAAAAAGUUUAGUAAAUAUUCAUAAGAAUUCAAAACGAAAAAUAAACCAUAUUUUAAGUUAUUAUUAAUUUGCACAAUUUGCACUAAAAGAAAUGUAAAAUACCUAUGGAAAAAUAAAUUUAUAAUAUUCAAAAUAUGGUUGUAAACUGUAUGAAAUUUUGAAAUUGUAUUGAACUGAAAAUAAUAGUUAAAAAAUAUGUUCGUAAUCGGGAUAUUAGCGAGAUAGAUAUUAGCAGUAGUAGAAUCGUAUCAAGUUUGAAGAAGUAAUAUUUAGGAAAUUCAUAUGACAAGUACAUAUGGGCUAUGUGCCUAUAUGUCUAUGUGUGAGUAGCAAAUGAUUAUUGGUGUGUUUCCGAGAAUUGUUGUCACGCCGCGUCGUGCAACAGCCGCAGAUAGCAACUCUCACAAGCACACGCACAUGUCAAUACAUCUCAAAAAAUUUCGAUUGUAAUUUUUAAAAAAAAUGUUGUAUUUAUAAGUAUUAAGAGGAUGCUACACGCGCAUGUGUUGUCUCCGUCUUACAAACGCGUAACAUGCCAAAUUUACGAUCAGCAGUUCACGUUUUAUACCGUUAGCUUAAAAAUUAGAGUAAAUCGACCUAUUAUGAAAACUUGAUAGUAAAAAGUAAGAACUUUAUCUGCGUUUUUUUGGGAGUUUUUUUACGAU